CUUUGCCGCUGAUAAUUAAAUUAAAAUUAAACUAAUGAAAUAUCCUUAGACCAGUGGCCAUUCGCCUUUGGGUUCGGGUAUUCAUUUUUAAACUCCUUUGUCGUUACAACAAUAACCAAUAAACCUCCAACCGUUGGAAGAACUUACAUUGUAACUAUGUUGAACAAAGAAAUGGGGUAGAGUAUUCAAAUCUCCAUUUGAUUGCGGAUUUUUUAAUUUUGUUGUUGUUUUGCGAUAACAUAAACGACACGCUGGAACUUUAAAUUCUACGUCAUUCUGGACCUAGACUGGCGGUCAUCCUGGGUAUUUGCAGAUAAUGCACUUGAAUUUUUACAUGCAUACAUAUGUAUGUAUGUAAUUUAAUUAGUGGAUAUUUGAGGAAGAGCUAGAGAAAGCACUAACUGGUCAAAAUGCGACUUCAAGGAUUGACAUCAUUGGGAAUCCAUGUGGCCUGUGUACUAUGGAUAACCGUAGGAAUGGUCAGUCAGGGAGUCUCACACAAACACUACUCCCGAGCGCGAAAGUUGGAAUUGCGUGAGGAUGUGCGGCGAAUGUUUCAACAUGCCUAUGAUGGCUAUUUGCAGCACGCUUCGAACUAUGACGAGCUCCGUCCACUCACAUGUGAUGGGCACGACACCUGGGGCAGUUAUUCCCUUACCCUGAUAGAUGCUCUGGACACCUUGGCUACCAUGGGCAACUUCACUGAAUUCCGGCGUGUUUUCGCUCUGCUAACGGAAAAGAUGGACUUCAACAGAGACAUCAAUGUGUCCGUGUUCGAAACCAACAUUCGUAUUGUGGGCGGACUGCUGUCUGCUCAUUUGCUGUCAAGGCGUGCAGGCGUGACGCUGGAAACCGGUUGGCCAUGUCAGGGUCCGCUUCUACGCAUGGCAGAGGAUGUUGCACGGCGUCUGUUGCCGGCGUUUGACACAAACACUGGCAUGCCAUAUGGCACUGUAAAUCUUCGUUAUGGAGUACCCAAGGGCGAAACUUCCGUCACUUGUACGGCCGGUGUGGGUACUUUCCUCAUAGAGUUCGGAACACUAAGUCGCCUCACUGGCAAUAGCAUCUACGAGGAUGUGGCUCUUCAGGCCGUGUACGCCCUUUGGAAGUAUCGUUCGCCCAUUGGUCUCUUUGGCAAUCAUAUUGAUGUACAGACCGGACGCUGGACGGCCCUUGAUUCUGGAAUCGGUGCUGGCGUCGAUUCGCUGUUUGAGUAUCUGGUGAAAGGAGCGGUGCUACUUAAUCGGCCCGAGCUAUUGCAACUGUUUCACGAAGCUCGCAUCGCAAUUGAUAAAUAUAUGCGUAAGGAGGAUUGGUAUAUGUGGGUGGGCAUGAACAAAGGACAUGUCACGUUGCCCAUCUUUCAGUCGCUUGAGGCCUUCUGGCCGGGUAUACUAAGUUUGAUAGGUGACACGGAGCCGGCCAUGCGGACAAUGACCCGCUACAUUAGUGUGUGGAAAAAGUAUGGAUUCCUUCCAGAGUUCUAUAAUAUAGCCGCUGGCGAGGCGUCACCCAAUCGAGAGGUGUAUCCACUCCGGCCAGAGCUCAUCGAAUCGGCCAUGUAUUUGUAUCGGGCCACUAAAAAUGAGUAUCUCCUGGAGCUGGGAGAGCAUAUGCUGGAGACAAUUGAGUUCAGUGCGAAAACAAAAUGUGGCUAUGCAACUAUUCGUAAUGUUGUCACACAUGAGAAAGAAAACCGUAUGGAGUCUUUUUUUUUGGCCGAGACAAGCAAAUAUCUGUAUCUGCUUUUUGACGAGGACAAUUUCCUACAUAAUGACGGUGCCCAGGGCGAGCUGAUGGCAGACACCGAGGAAAAUGUGUGUGUGGUUCAGGCGGGUGCCUACAUCUUCAACACCGAGGCACAUCCCAUGGAUUUGUCCGCUCUGCACUGUUGCCAUGAUUACAAGGAGGAUAUAUUCAGUUCAUUGGAUCUGCAACAUUUCACAGAACGAUCGAUUUUCGAGCGAAGUCGCCAACAUCAAAAGUCGGAGCAGGAUCAAUGGCAGCCCGAAUGCCAACAAUCGUAUGCAUCCAGAGAUUGGGAUCGCGAAAGAGGCGAUCGCAAAGAUAGCACUGCCACAAUUGCUGUUGAUAUUGAGGUGUUUGACGAAUUUCAGCAACCAGCCGCUGAUAUUCUGGUGGGUAACUUUGAACGGAUUCGUGAGGAACGAGAUCUAAACCAUAGCAGCAGCAGCGGCGGCGGCAACGGCAGGAGCAGUAGUGAGAAGCAGCGAAGCGAAGUGCCUCGGAAUCAGCUAACUGUCAGCGAUCUAGACGAGUUCUUUAGUCAAGAACGAGACAGUUUUGCCAGCUCGCAGGAUACGUUGCAGUACGUUCUCAAUUUCAUGGGCAAUUUCACAAUGGAUGUGGCCUUCAUUCGUGGACUACAGCUGUAUGAUAAAAAUAUCAGCACUGUUCUUGGAACUGGAGCACAAAAAGAGUAUGAGAGUCGAAUGCGUUCGCUCUGGGAGCUAUUUCAGCUUGAGCAGCAAUAUGCUGCUAAUAUUCAUCUUAUACAGAGUCUGGGACUACUUAAAUUUAACACGGAAAGCAACAUGGGUGAUAGUGAGCUAAUGCGUCGACAUUUUGCUCAAGUGUUGGAGGAACUGGAUCAACUACAUCUUAGACAAAAUUACAGUCAGCCACCUCCAACGAUUUCUCAAAUAUCGCCAGCGUCAUUUAUACAAGCAGCAAUUUUGAAUGCUCGAGCUGGCUAUGAAAUCGCAAUGGUGAACACCACAGCCAUGCAGGAAUUCAUUCAUCGUGUCUAUGUGGUGGGCACAAAUGAGUCAACGACACAUUUUCUGCCCUUGCUGGAGCCCAAUGAGCUAGGGCAACUUCAUGUGGCCGAAUUAUCUCCUGAAGAGGAGCAACAACUUUUCACAUAUACCCGUCGUCUUGUCGAUUUUCGCAAACGUAUGUCCGAGACAGUCGAUCGUCUGCAGACUCUUAUGCAAGACUGGACGCCGCCGCCUUCGACGACGACGGCCACAAAAAAUCCAACAACCCCAGCACCAAAGGGAAUUGAACAAACCACGACGGACAAACCGCAUUUGGAACAAUCGGAUAAUAUGCACGAGGAGAGGCAAAAAGAAUCCGAUGGCGGUGGCUCGGUAUGGUCUCAAUUUGUUCAGACAAUUCUGCGUAAGACCACUGCACAUAGAGUGAAAUUUGAUGAGUCUAUCCUGCGGGAAAAGACACGUAAAUUCCUAGAUAAACAUGCACCCAGACAAACGCCGCAUGAACUAUUCUCAUGUCGCAGGCCAGAAUAUAUAGAAUCAUUUGCCUAUCGCGAUUACUAUCCAGAAGCCCUUUAAUCUUAAUAUUUAUUUAUCUCACGAAAAACAAUAUAACACAGACCUCAACAAUAUAAAUAAAUCGACUGAUCCCUCCCUAACAUAUCCAACGAAAUAAUUGCAUGAUUAUAAUUCACUCAUUCCGCUUUAAGCGGAUUUCUGGCAAAGUCGAUGGAGCAACUUUUAGUUUAAACUAAGGCAUAACAUUUAAUUUAUUCCACAUGGCAAUGUAAAAUCUAAGUCAAAUUCUUUAAAUUCUUUCUUUUUUUUUUUUGUACACUUUUCCGAGAGAGACUAGAUAUGUAAGAUUAACAUAAAUACUUGUUAGCAAUAUCUAUUUAAGUUAAUAAUGACGCAUUAAGCUAUAUUUAUAAGCUCAAAUCUCAAGAAAUCGAGCUUAGUUUUCGAGUGUCCUAUUUCUGUAUAUAUAUA